UUUAGUUCAAUUGGUCACCUGUGGCGAUGACAAUUACUGGCGUGAUCUACGGCGCUGCCUUGGGAGUGCUACUCCUGGGUGCGACAAGUCCUUCUCUAGCUCAAUCCAGCGAUGGCAACUAUAAGUUCACUACAAAUCAGCUCCCGGAUGCGUCGGUGAUGCCAACGCUUGCCAACGGACAGAUCGGUUUCGUCGCCUACAGCGGUUACGUGCACCUGAACGGAGUGUACAACGGUGUCGGAGGAAAGUCGCACCGUGCCCGGGUGCGGAACUACGGUAACAUCCAGCUGGCCGAUUGUGCCCAGGGAUCGGCACCUAAUGGCUGCACCUAUCAGUUGGACAUGCGAUCAGGAAAGUUUGUGGCCGUGCGUGAAGACCAAGGUUAUCGGUUAGUGCACGAGGUGUACCCUCAUCGCCACUACGAUACGGUGUUAGUGAAUCGUGUGCGAAUUCAACGUUUGGGCUCACAGGCCAUCAUCCAAACGCGCCUGGUGCAAACCCCCGGUUUGGACAGUCCGGAUUUCGUCAUGGAGCCUCGGGAUUCAUUCAUCAUGUCUGGCAUUCAGUACUACCAGGAGUGUGGUCUUACCGUGCAAAUGGAGCAUCCCUCGUUCCAAUCGUUCGGCCACAACGUGUGCAUUACGUUCCAGUCAGUGCCGGACCAGCUGCAAAUCACACCUGACGUCAUGGCACAGGAGUUCCUAAUCUAUACCGUGUUCAGUACAACAGCGGACGAAGGAAGGCAGCAGAUCGCGAUCCUGCAAGGGCUGCCCGAGCUGGCAAUAGACCUAUUGCAUGAUCGCGAGAUGGACAAGCUGUGGGAACGCUACGGUAUCACAGUGGAGGGUAACCAAGAGUUGGAUCGUGUAGUGAAAGCCAGUGCCUUUUAUCUGUUCAGCUCCCUUCCAGCCCACAGCGUGGCAUUGGAGGUGGAUAGAUAUCCCUUCUACGGGCUAGCCCCGGCCGGUCUCGGUCGCGGAGGUGAGGUCGAAAAAGAGUAUCAGGGACACAGCUUUUGGGACACCGAAAUCUGGAUGUAUCCCUCAAUCUUGCUAGUGGAUCCAAUCAAUGCCCUGAAGGUGUUGCGUUAUCGUAAUGUUGUCUCCAGUGGAGCACGUGCUAAUGCAGCCAUGAACGGGUUCCAAGGAGCACAGUUCCCGUGGGAGUCGGCCUUUACCGGGUCGGAAGUGACGCCCGAAUGUUGUCCAGAAGUUGUGAACUAUCAGCAUCAUAUUACGGCCGACAUUGCCUUCGCUUAUCGGCAGUACUUUUAUGCUACGGGAGAUAUGACUUGGUUCCGGAACGAAGCGUGUCCAUUGGCCCUGGAGACGGCACGAUUUUGGAGCAGUCGAGUUGAUUACAACAACGCUACGGAUCUGUUCGACAUUCACAAUGCGAUGGGCCCUGAUGAGGAUCACCCAGAUGUGACCAACAAUGCAUUUACGAACAUAAUGGCAGCGCACAAUCUGUUCUUUGGCGAGUUUGCUAGCUGCUACUGCCAGCAGCUUGCCCCGGAGAAGGACGAAGGCAAGGAGUUCCUGAAGAUUGGCCGAGGCCUGACGCUGCUGUACGAUGCGGAAGGAGACUUCCAUCCUCAAUUCGAUGGCUACCAAUCGGGUACACCCAUUAAGCAAGCCGAUACGGUGCUAUUGAUCUAUCCACUGCAGCAUCCAAUGAAUGUCUCUACAAAGAUGAACAAUUUGCGAAAGUACUCGCAAGUUACACGGGAAAAUGGUCCUGCCAUGACCUGGGCCAUCCAUACGAUCGGUCAUCUGGAGUUGAACGAGUUGAACGAGGCAGCAACCAUGUUCCAGAAGAGCUACCAACAAUACCUCCGUGCUCCGUUCAACGUGUGGAGCGAGAACGGCAACAACGAACCGGGAGCCGGCAACUUUAUCACCGGAGCUGGCGGAUUCCUGCAGGCCAUCAUCAACGGAUACGCAGGAGUACGGCUCCAUCAGGAUCGUUUGGUCAUAAGCAACUCCCGGCUGACUCCAGGAACUCGCUCUCUUCAUCUACCAACGAUCGAGUAUCAGCAGGUCCAGUUUUCGCUGACCGUACAAUCGGACCGUUUCGUCAUCAAGUUCAAAACGGAAGGACGCGCUGGGGUUCAACUGACGAUCAACAACAAGGAUGAGCCGAUUUGCAAGGAUUGUGAAUAUUCUGGAACGGAAGCUAUCAUUCGGCUAACAUCGACUCCGGAGGUCAAUGGCUGCAGGCUGCGGCCAACGGAGCUGAAUAUUCGUGUUGCAGACCAAUCUGAUUCGGCCAUCACAAACUCGGUAGCGUUCGUUACGCUCAUCGUUACCUUCCUGCUUAGUAGAUUGUUCUAGUUUUAAGUGUGUAACUGAGUUUAACGGAAACAAAACAUAAAAAAUUGAAUAAAAAUUAUAGACAAA